GUAGCGGGGCGGAGCGCGGCCGCCGGCCCUGCCUAGCCAUGGCGGGCGAGCUGGAGGGCUGCAAGUCCCUGAGCGGGCUGCUGGGCGGCCUGGCGCAGAGCGCUUUCCACGGGCAGCCGGGCCUCACCGAGGAGCUGCUGCACGGCCAGCUCUACCCGGAAGUGCCGCUGGAGGAGUUCCGCCCCUUCCUGGCCAAGAUGAGGGGCCUUCUGAAGUCCAUUGCAUCUGCAGACAUGGAUUCCAACCAGUUAGAGGCAUUUCUGACUGCUCAGACCAAGAAGCAAGGCGGCAUCACCAGUGAGCAAGCCGCAGUCAUUUCCAAGUUUUGGAAGAGCCAUAAGACAAAAAUCCGAGAGAGCCUCAUGAACCAGAGCUGCUGGGACAACCGGCUCCGGGGCCUGAGCUGGAGAGUGGACAGCAAGUCUCAGUCAAGGCAGACAGCUCAAAUACAUACCCCUGUUGCCAUGAUAGAGCUGGAGUUCGGGAAAGGCGGACAGGAAUCUGAAUUUCUGUGUCUGGAAUUUGAUGAAGUUAAGGUCAAGCAAAUCCUGAAGAAGCUGUCAGAGGUAGAAGAGAGUAUCAACACGCUGAUGCAGGCAGCCUAGCAGAAGGUGACGUAGGAAGGAGUGUUGAAAUGCAGGUGUUCACGAACUUUCCUGCUUCCUCAUCGGUGUUACCAAAAGACAUUGUAUACAUGUAUGAAAGUUUCAAAGAAUAAAUAAAAAAAUAUUUUAAAAA